AUGAAACAAACAACCUUUUUUGCAGUUCUCAUGAGUUCAGGUCGACGCACCCCAUCACCGCCUUACCUUGACCGGCAUUCCACAGUUGAACUGAGCGCCAAAAACGCCGAGCUCCGAAAACUUCGCAAAGAAACGGAAGAUAAAGACGACCGAAUUAACGAACUCAGCGACGAAUUGGAAGCGGCGGAAGCCGAGGUCAGUUCAGCGACAACCGAGGAAACUCUUGAACCUUCUUAUGUAGAGGAUAUUUUGGUAGUUCAGGUUCGAAAGCUAAAAGACGAACGAAUAGAGCUUGUGAAAGACGCACGUGCAGCAAAGGACCUGCGGGACGAGCUGGAUUGUGUCCAACAGAAGCUUGAUCGACUGGAAAAGCUUGAACGUGAGAAUUCACAAUUACACGAGAAACUCACGAAACUCGAGUAUGUUCAGUCUCAGUUGGAGGUAUGUUGCAAAUCACGAAUUCAGAAAAAUUGGAGAAAAUUUCCUGCUCCUGCUCUAAACUAA